AUUAAAAUGUAUAUAAGAGGGGUGUCUUACUCCUUUCUUUACUCAGUUAUGAACCAACCAGUACCACUGAGUCUUAUUCUCAUCCUCUUACAUUUAUUCUUCUCCAGUGAAGUGAGUUCAUUGAGGAACUUGGAUCUGGGGAAAUCCAGAACAGAUGUUUCUCAAAUUCCAAACCUUUUCUCUUCAAUGCUCAGAUAUAAUCCACCCUUUGAAGAUCAUUUCAAGGAGAAAAAGAAUAUGAUGGAGGAAGAUGAUACAGAGAAGCAUCAAAUCCACACUUUCUGGAGUAAACGAGCUCCGUUGCCCUACAGGCUCAGAGCUAAAUCAAGAAGGGCGGAGGAUAUCAAUCAGGGACACACCUUCUGGAGUAAAUAAACAACUAAAAGGAAAAAUCAGGAAAGAAAUCUAAGUUUGCUAAAGAUGCCGAAGGGUGCAGGUGUUUCAACGCCGUACUCUUCUCAUCUUUUGGAUCUUCUCCUUCAACUAGAUUUACCGCACCUGAUUUUAUUUCUGUAUUGAAGAGCAGCUGAAUAGCUGUAUCUUGUAAAAGUUUAAA